AUGAGAUUUAAAACGAUUCGAGAAAUCUUGAGCAUUAUUUGAUUAAACGCUGUCCGCUUUCUCUCUUCUUUUUAUAUUCUCCCCUCUCACUUUUGAGCUCUUCAUCGGUCUCAAAGUCACACAACUUUGGCUCCCCUCUCUUUCUGAAGCUCAAAACUUUUUCAAAACUUUCGAAGAUGAAGACGGGUUUCUAUGGGUUCCAAGUUUUGAUGAUCUUGGGUCUCUUGGCCACCUCGUGCAUAGCCCAGGCUCCAGGGCCUGCACCAACCGCCUCACCACCCACAGCCACCCCACCCACUGCCACCCCACCCACUGCCACCCCACCCUCACCAGUCUCGGCUCCACCAGCUCCAACCCCGUCAGUAGCCCCGGCUCCAACCCCAAAAGCCCCGUCCCCGGCACCAACCAAAGCCCCUACCUCAGCUCCCACUCCUUCAGCGAAAUCUCCUUCACCCGCGUCUCCUGCCUCUUCACCGCCUGCACCCACUCCGGGAAGCCCCUCAUCCCAGCCACCAACUGCUGAUCAGCCCCCCAGUGCCGCCUUCUCUCCUAGCAAAGCCGUUAUUGCUGGAACCGCUCUUGUUGGAACUUUCUUCGCCGUGGUGCUGGCGUAGACUGGGUCUGGCUUCGUCCCACGUGGAGGCUCAUCUCGGCUCUUACCAGAUCUUAUUUUUGAUGCACGGAUGAGAUCUAUUUGUUUCUCUUUCAUGUUCUUUUUUAAAUUUUCGGAUAUUUAUUUUUGUUGCAUUUGUCUCAUUCAAUAUUGGGUUUUACUUAGGGUCGGAUUUGUAUUAUGAUGAUGACGAUGAUUAUUUGGAGAUUCAUUGCUUUCGUGUUGACACGUGUAUCCAUUUGUAGAUGAGUCCGGUGUAAAUCAAAUAUCGAAUAAAACAGUUUGUCAUUCUUUUCUCUCA